CACAGGAAGGCAUGCUACAGAAGCUCCAUGCAGAGGAGAAAGUGAUAGUUGGUGGUGAUAUGAGGGCUGACUCUCCAGGCCACUAUGCAAAGUUCGGAAGCUACACUAUGAUGGACCUGAAGAACAACAAAGUCGUUGACCUCCAGUUGGUUCAGAGCAAUGAGGUUGGUGGAAGCUACCACAUGGAGUUAGAGGGCCUGAAAAGGAGUCUGGAGUUGUUAAAGGAACGUGGUGUGACUCUGGACUGUAUUGUCACGGACAGACAUCUGCAAAUUCAGAAAUUCCUAAGGGAAAGCAGCAUCACCCAAUUCUUUGAUGUGUGGCACAUAGAAAAAGGGAUUUCUAAGCAACUGGAGAAGGCUGCAAAAAAGAAGGACUGCGAAAAACUUCGAGGGUGGGUGAAGAGUAUAAGAAACCACAUAUACUGGACUGCAGCAACCUCCACCACCGGGCCUGAGAGAGUGGCCAAAUGGUUCCCUAAGUGCCUUCAUCCACUGCGCAUUGCGCAAUACCAAUGGAUGGCUGCAGGAACGCCGGCCUUUCACAAGCUGGAGACAAUUCUCUCAACCAAGAGGAUUUUGAAAGCUGUGGCCAAACUCAGCCCACACCACCAGACUUAAUCUUUGGAGUCAUUCCAUGCCAUCAUCCUGCGCUUUGCUCCAAAGAAUGUUGUGUUUCCAUUUCUUGGAAUGUUGUGCAGGUAAAAUAAACCAUAGUUACUUACUAAUUAGUGACAAUUUGUACAUUCUUUGCUAUUAUUUACUUUUUUUCCCCUCAUGGCGGAAAUGAAAGACUGUACCUGGCAGCCCUGCACUA